AUGGCAGGAAACAUGCCGGUGUUUUCUCUCCCUCCCUUCCUCCCCCUGCCUCCAUCACUUCUCGUUCACCCCAACCUCUCUCCGCCCGGUGGUCCCGGAGGAGGGCUCUUCCGAGGUGCAGUGGCUGGGCGCUGGGGGGGGCUCUGGGGCGCAGUGUGUGACGCAGGCUGGGCCCAGAAAUCACCCCAGUCUCCUCCCGUUUCUUCUCUCUCCCCCGACUGGCAGGUCAUUGUGAGGGUGCGUCCGCCCACGCGCUCUGAGCUGAAGGAGGGCUCCUCCGAGGGGAAGUGUGUGAGGGAGGUCCAGCCCACGUCGCUGGUGCUCGUGAAACCGGACAAGGCAGGGGUGGCGGCGAGCAGGGCCGGCGCGGGUGAGAGGGAAGGCACUCAGUUACCGGGCGAGCUGUUCGAGUUUGACCACGUGGCGGGGGAGAGCGCAUCGCAGAAGGACCUGUUUGAGCUGGCAGGGAGGCCCAUAACGGGGAGUGGGAAAACGUACACGAUGCUGGGAGUUGCUGGGGGGCCGGGCAUUGACCGGGGGAUGAUUCCUCGUGUUUUCGACCUGGUCUUCGCCCAGAUUGCCCUGGAGAAGCAGCAGAGGACGAGUGAGAAGCUAGCGUUCAAGUGCUCCUUCCUGGAGAUUUACAACGAAACCCUUAGGGAUCUGCUCGAUCCCACCAGGAAUAACUUAAGUAUUUCGUGGAUAAAGGAAAAAGGGCGCGGCAUGUGUGUGCAUGUGAACAACCUCUCUUCAGAGGAGGUCACCUGUUUCUCUGACGUGAUGGGGCGUAUCCAGCAGGGAGUCAAGAACCGCCAAACGGGGGAGACAAAGAUGAACAGAGAGAGCAGCCGCUCUCACUGUGCCUUCAUGUUCAGCAUUGAGAGCACGUGGACCGUCGCUGGCGAAAUCAAGCGUCGAUUCGGCCGCCUGAACCUCGUCGACCUUGCAGGUUCCGAAAGGCCGAAGAAAUCUGGGGCUGAGGGAGAGCAGUUCGAUGAAGCGUGCAACAUCAACGAGUCCCUCCUUUUUCUUGGAAACCUUAUCAACGAUCUGGCGGAGAAGCGCGUGCCCGCGUACGGCAACUCCCUCCUCACCCGCCUCCUCCGGGACUCCCUGGGGGGCAACUCGAAGACCACCCUGGUUGCAUGCAUCAGCCCGGCUUUAGGGUCGCACCAGGAGACGCUCAGCACGCUCAGGUUCGCGCAGAGGGCGAAGCUGGUGUGCAACAAGGCAGUGGUGAACGAGUCUGCAGUGGGCCAGCGGGACGACCUGCAGAGGGAGAUUGCCCAGCUCCAGGGCAAGCUUCACCGCAUCUGUGAGAUCUGCACCUGCGGAGCACAUCUGCUUCUGGAAGAGGGGCUGGGGGCAGUGGAGGGGAGGGGAGGGGAGGAGGAAGAGGUGGAGGGGGAGGAGGAUCAGCAGGAGGUAAGUGGGUUGGAUGCUGAGAGGAGAGAUGUGGUGAGUGUGAAGGAACAGGUGAGUGCAAUGCCUCAGUAUGUGCCAGGAACAGGAGCUGUUGGAGCAGGAGGGAGCAGCAAGAAUCAACCAAGCUUCUACACCCUCUCCUUCCCUCCUUGCCCCACCAGGAGAGCAUUUCUAAGGCGCCUAGAAAAUCGUCACAUAUGGCAACAAUCAACCAAGCUGCUACACCCUUCCCUCCCCUCCUUGCCUUACCUCCAGGAAAGCGGCAUCAACAAGGGGUUCGAGACUCCCCUACCCACGAGGGGCAAGGCCACAGCUGGAAGGGGGAAAGCCGGAGGAGCUGAGGUGGCAGAUGAGGAGGCUGACGUGGUGGAUGAGGGAAGUGACGUGGCAGCACGAGAGGAGAGGAUGAGGAAGGGAGAGGAGGUCAGGAGAUUGACUGAAGAGAGGGAUGAGCUUCAGAGGAGGGUAGAGGAACUGGAGGAGAUGGUGCGAGUGGCUGAGAGGAGGGCGCAAGAGGAUGCGCUGUCACUUCAGGAAGCAGCGAGGAAGUUGAAGGAGGCACAGGAAGAGGCAGCAGCAGGGGAGAGAGCGAGGGUAAAUCUGGUGAGACAGGAGGAGGAGAGAAUGAGAGAGACGCUGGCGGGGCAGCAUGAGGAGGAGGAGAGAAUGAAAGCGACACUGGUGGGAAUGAAAGCAACGCUGGCGGGGCAGCAUGAGGAGGAGGAGAGAAUGAAAGCGACACUGGUGGGAAUGAAAGCAACGCUGGCGGGGCAGCAUGAGGAGGAGGAGAGAGUGAAAGCGACACUGGUGGGAAUGAAAGCAACGCUGGUGGGGCAGCAUGAGGAGGAGGAGAGAGUGAAAGCGACACUGGUGGGAAUGAAAGCAACGCUGGCGGGGCAGCAUGAGGAGGAGGAGAGAAUGAAAGCGACACUGGUGGGAAUGAAAGCAACGCUGGCGGGGCAGCAUGAGGAGGAGGAGAGAAUGAAAGCGACACUGGUGGGAAUGAAAGCAACGCUGGCGGGGCAGCAUGAGGAGGAGGAGAGAAUGAAAGCGACACUGGCAGGGCUGCAUGAGGAGGAGGAGCAAAUGAGGGAGGACCUGGCGAGCCUGCAGGAGAAGAUGGAGAGAGCAACGGCUCUGGAGGAGGUGGAGCAAUUGCGCGUGGAGGUGGCGAAGCAGAGGAGCUUGGCCGACCAGGCUCUAGCGCUCUCCCAGGAGCAUGCGCAGCUCAGGCAGAAAGGGAGAGGCACAGACUGGAGGGAGACUGGAGGUGUGAGUGUGGGUGUGGAGUGGAUUGACUAUGAUGAGGAGGCGAGGCUGUUGCAGAGAUUGGAAGGUAGCGCAGCUGAGGUUCCUGGUGGUGUGGGUGUGCCGAAAGGUGGGGGUGUAGUGGAGUGUGCUGGUGAGAGUGGUGUUGCUGUGCCAUUUUAA